UCAUCCUCGACUGUUCUGUGGUGGACAUGGCAACCAGCUCGCAGGACGUCGACUUCUUUGCAUCGUCGCCUCCUCCGCCAGCAGCUGGAACCAAGGAUCGAUCUCCCUCGCCGACUGGGCCGAACCUCUUUCGUGGGAGCAGCGCUGAUUACGAGGACGAUGGACGUGAGGACAGAGACGCUGAGCGUGUGACGGUUCACAAGAGGAGGAAGGUCGAGGCCGACAGCAGCAUUGCUAAUGGUGGUUCAAGCAUGCACAAGCAGGAGAAAAGCACAUCACCCCCUCAGGAAGCCGAACCAGGGCCAUCAUGGCAGCGCAAAUACAUCGGCCACUUCUGCGUCGCAGGCUGGGCUCUGUCGAAGGGAAGGGGCUAUGCAGAGCAAGGUGCAAAGGUAACAAUUCAGCGAGACAAACAGCGCAAUCAAGCUGCGACGGCUGCCACGCCGGCCAAGAAGCCACCAGCUAAGAAGCAGACAAAGCUCAGCUUUGGUGGAGCGGGACCUUCGAGCGGCAAGACUGCCUCCUCGUCUUCUACGCAGAAGACGAAACAAACGGACGACUACGUGGUACGAUUCGCCAACACGAGAGGCUUCGAGGUCGGCAGACUACCCACAGAGGCAGCCAUCUGGGUCUCCAAGCUCAUGGAUCUUAAUAUGGCUGAAUUUGAAGGCUACGUCGUCGAUUGCCCUCCAGUGCUCAGCGUGGGAUGCGAUAUCUUGCUGGACAUCAAGGCUUACCUUCGUCGUGAAGCCUUCCCGGACAUGGCAGACGUGCGACGCUCUCGCAAUAUUCGCAACGAGCCCACCAAGAACUUCUUCCAAGAGACAGCAGAGACAACGGAUGAGAAGGAGCUGCGCACCCGCAAAUCUGCCCUCAUUCGUCUGUUCAAGGCAUGCGACCUCAAGCCUACGCAGUCAAGCGAUAUACUGCAGCAGCACGCGGAAGAUGGCAAAUUUGGCAGCUCGUCGAUGCUCGAUCACUACGGCGGGCAGGAGACGUUGAGAAGAAGUCAGAGUCCCACGUCUGUGCGCAAUGGUGGGCCAAGCAUGCCAAAAAAUGGGUCGAGGUCAGCGACACCGGCAACGCCUGCACCUAGCACUGACGGAGCAGGCGCAUCGUCCUCAACGGCCAUCGCAGUAGAUGGCGAAGACGAAGCCGAGCCUGAUGUGAAUGAUGGAACAGAGAUUGAAGACAAGCAGCUAGCCGACGUCUACAGCAAGGCUCAAAAGCACGAUCGAGAGCUACCAGAGGUCGAGCCGCCCGACACUUUUGCGCUCAGCCUCAGACCGUACCAGAAGCAGGCACUGGGCUGGAUGCAGAACAUGGAGAGACCAGCGUCUAUGCGACAAGGGCGUGAAGGGCAGAGGCAGGAUGCUAGCUUGCACCCUCUCUGGCAGGAGUACAAGUUUCCGCAAGAGGACGAGGCAGCAGGAGCAAGAUCAUCGUCGAGAGCGCAAGAGGGCGAAUCCAGCUUCUAUUUCAAUCCCUACAUUGGCGAGAUGAGCAUGCAGUUCCAACCGGCAAGCCAAGGCACGCGCGGUGGCAUUCUAGCAGACGAGAUGGGGCUUGGCAAAACAAUCAUGGUCGCCUCACUCAUCCAUGCCAAUCGUCCUGCCAGACCAGGAGAGGAAGGCGACGACGAGGACAACGGCGCUGCGAACGUAGACGACGCAGCACGCUCCAAGCAGAUCGAAGGGCGCAGUGGGCCCCGUCAAACUUCCAUCAGCUCAGCCUUCGGCCGCAAUGCCGCCGGAGUGAAUCGCGCCGCGACAGCUACCAUCGCCGGCCAGGUUACGCUCGUCGUUGCUCCAAUGAGUCUCGUGGGCCAGUGGAAGAGCGAGCUAGACCGGGCCAGCAACGCCAAUACGCUCAAUGCCCUUCUGCACUACGGCGACACGAAGGCAGAUGUCAUGGAUCGCCUCGAGGGCGGGACGGUGGAUGUGGUCAUCACAUCGUACGGCACGCUCGUCUCCGAGUACAAGCGAUUUCGUGACCUCGGUGCCGGCGCCAACUCAAUCGCUACCUCCCGCAUCGCUCGUCAAGCCCCACUCUACGCCGUCGAUUGGCAUCGGGUCAUUCUCGAUGAAGCACAUACAAUCCGCAACCGCACGACCCAAAAUGCGCGCGCUUGCCGCGAUCUCGUCACGCGCAAGCGAUGGUGCCUUACGGGUAGUCCGAUAGUCAACAGGUUGACAGACCUGUACAGCUUGCUCAACUUCCUCCGUGUCGAGCCAUGGGGCGACUUUGCCUUCUUCAACUCCUUCAUCGGGAAGCCGUUUGCCAACAAGAAUCCCAAGGCGUUGGAGAUUGUGCAGGUCAUUCUGGAGAGCUUGCUCUUGAGAAGAGAGAAGGGAUUCAAGGAUAAGGAGGGCAAGCCCAUCGUCAGCCUGCCGAGCAAGACGGUUGAGAUGAGAUACCUCGACUUCUCUGCGGUGGAGAGAAGGAUCUACGACCUUUGCUUCGAUCGCGCUUGGGUCCAGUAUCAGCGUCUCAGCAGGGAUGGUAGCGUGACCAAGAACCUCAGUGUCAUCUUUACGGUCUUGAUGAGGCUCAGACAGGCCGUCUGUCAUCCUUUGCUUGUGCUGAAGGCACUGCAGGAGAGUCACAAGCGUGCGCGAGAGGCAAGGGAGGAGGGAGGGAAGGCUGCCCCUGCAGAAGAGGUAGCAGAGGAUGAGGAGGCGGAGAAGGAGGUAGCGGAGCUGGUGGCGCAAUUUCAGCGAGGCGAAGAGGGAGAUGACGGCGGCGUCAACGGCAGCCAGGAGCAGGUGCAGGCUUUGGCUGCAUCGCUCAAUGGAGAGCUUGAUGACAUCGAUGGCAAUGGCGCCCAGGGCAAGGGACAAGGAACCGGAGACACGAAGCAGCCCACGUCUGCUGGAACCAAGUCAUCAAGUGCUCACACUCUCAAAGGUCGCGACAUCGCCCCCAUGCGCACCUCGACCAAGCUCUCAGCCCUUCUGACCGACCUGGCCGAGCUACGCGCCGCCGAACCCAAGUUCAAAGGCGUCAUCUUCUCGCAGUUCACCUCGUUCCUCGACCUCGUCCAAUCCUCCCUCUCCAGCGCGCACCACCCCUACGUCCGUCUCGACGGAACUACCUCCCAAAAAGACCGAGAGAAAGUGCUGUCCCACUUCAGCAAUUUCGAUGGUCACCUCCUCAUCCUCGUCUCCCUCCGUGCGGGUGGGGUAGGCCUCAACUUGGUAGCAGCGCACCACUGCUGGCUCCUGGACUGUUGGUGGGCCGAAAGUGUCGAACAACAAGCGGUCGACCGUGUGCAUCGCAUUGGUCAGACGAGGGAUGUGGUAGUGCAUCGCUACCUCAUCAAGGACAGCAUCGAGGAGAGGAUUCUGCGCAUUCAGAAGCGCAAGACGGCCCUUGUCAAUGAGGCGCUUGCAGGCAGCAAGGGGACGGAGGAGGGUGAGAGGGAGAGCGAGACGGUGGAGAAUUUGAGAAUUUUGUUCGGAGAAGAUUAGAGGUGAGGAGCGGUGUCAGCGACGUCUUGCGUUCAUCAAUAGACAGCCAGUCAAGAGAGGCUGUACAGCGAGCUGUGAUCGGAUUCGUAUUGAUUGACGCAGAUGCUAGCUCUGCGCUGCUUGACAUGGGUAUGAUAGAUGCUCUGUUUCCCCGCCUCUUCCUCCAUCCUCCACCCUCCUACUGGACGGUAGGCGACCAAGGCACAUCUCCCUCGCCGUACUGCCUGGCCGGCCUCUUCCAGCAAAUAGCGCUCCUCGCAUUCGUCGUCAAUUUCGCCUCCGCCCUCAAAUCUCUCCUCUUCAAGGGCAG